AUGAUUAUUCAAUGGAUAUUUCUUUUAUUAGUACUAUGGAUAGUACCGAGCACUAGUCUUAUUUGUUAUGAUUGUUGGUGUUUACCUUCUGAUAUAUCUACUUGUAAUUGUCUUAGCACAACUGAUGUUGGAGAAGGUUCAUUUUGUACGAUCGUUGAAAAUUUCCAUUCAUCAGAGCCAUACGUAGAAUUAGCCCAUAAUUCUGAGAGUUUUUUAUACACUGGAAUAAAAGAUCCUUAUUAUAUUCAAGUCGAUGAAGCAAUUUUUUAUAAUGAGACAACCAAUAAAUGGGAAAUAAAAAUAAUAGAAAUGACUUAUGGAUGUGAUUGGGAUUACUGUAAUGAAUAUUCAUUGAUUUCUAUCUUGCCGAAUUCACUUAAAUUAGACAUUGAUGAAGAAUGGCUUACAACAAAUAUUUUCGGUACUGGGGUAGCUACUAGUUGUCACACAUGCACAAAUGAAACAUGUGGCAAUCAAACACAAUCUAUCGAUUAUGAUCAAUGUACGUUUACAUCAUGUGAUAAUUCGACUACGUGUUUAGUCUAUAGUUUAUGGCAUAAUAUUGAAACAGAUGAAUCCUGCUAUUAUUCUGAAUGUACACAAUCAUCACUGGUAGAUGAAUUUGAUGACGACAGUGAAAAAUAUCAAGUUCUAAUUCAAGCCGUUGUUUAUUUAUCACUAGAUCGUUCAGAUUUGGAAAUUUGGCAAUUAAGUAUCAAUUGUGGCGUUGAUAAUUGUAGUCGUUCAAGUAUUUUUCAAGAAAUUAAAGCACAAAUUAAAGAUGAUAUGAGUAAUUUAACAUAUUUUCCAAUUGCUCGUCCUACAACCACACCACGACCAUUAACAACAACGUCAACUUUACCGAUUCGUUCUCUUUCUUGUUAUAAUUGUUCAUGUACUGGAACGACAUGCCCUUGCACAACCUUUGAAAUAAGUUCAGCAGAUAAUACCUAUUGUUAUCUUGAACGUAAAUUUAAAGCACAAGAUGUACAUAUUAAUUUUGGACAUAUUAAUAUUAACUCAACAUAUGUUUAUAUUCGUGAUUAUCCUUUUGUAUUAAUUGAAGAAUCAAUUAUUUACCAAGAAACAACAGGUCGAUGGGAUACUAGAAUUGAAUCUGUUAUGUAUGGAUGUAAUUGGAAUUUAUGUAACAAACCGGAACUUAUUCCUUAUUUACCAUCUACUUUUCUAAUGCGUCUGCCUGAACUAUGGUUAAAUUCUAGUAUACUAGGUACUGGGCAGCCAACACGUAACUGUCAUAUAUGUCCAAGUGGUCCCGUAUGUAGCAAUAUUGGAUUUAUUAAUGGUUCUCAAUGUCCUAUUUUACCAUGCAAUACCACUUGUCUUGUUUCUAGUAAAUAUACAGAUCCAGCAAGUAUUGAUCAAUGCUAUGACUCAUAUUGUGCUGCACCUGAUCAGCCAGAUUUUGAAAUUGAUAAACAUCGUGUACAACUCAAAGGUAUUUUAUAUUCUAGUCGUCCUACAAAUGUUGAGUUAUGGGAAACGGAUCUCUAUUGCCGAGCAGAUGAUUGUUCAAAUCCAGAAACCUUUAAAGAACUUCGAGAAAAUCUUAUUGUUCAACCAGGUGAUAUAACAGCUAUAUUUAAUCAAACAGCUGAACCACCAACAUUUCGAUGUUUUGAUUGCUUUUGUGAAGGAGAAGUUAAUUGUGAAUGUAAUACUGUUUCAUCGGUGAUGGAUGAUCCUACCUAUUGUACAAUAACGCGUACUUAUGAUGGUGAAAAUGUUUAUAUCUAUUUUAGUCAUCUUGAAACUGAUUCAUCGUAUUUAAAUAUUCGUGAUUUUCCAUAUAUCCUUGUUUCAGAAUCAAUUAUAUAUAAUAAUGAAACUGGUAAAUGGUUGACUAGAACCAAUGAAGUUGUAUACGGAUGUGAUUGGGAUUAUUGUAAUAGACCAGCACUUCUUCCAUUAUUACCAUCCAGUUUGCAAAUGACUCUUCCAGAAUCAUGGUUAAACUCAAGUAUAUUAGGUACUGGAGAAUCAACAUUUUCUUGUCAUGAAUGUGCUAAUGCUUCAAUAUGUAGUUUAAAUCAAACAAUCGAUGGCGAUUCGUGUCCUGUCCAACCUUGUACUACCACGUGUCGCGUUUCCAAUACAUAUAAUAAUCUAAUAGAUAAUCAACAAUGUUAUCAAUCAUAUUGUGUGUCGGAGAAUUCUGAGAAAUUGACCUAUGAUAGCAAUCUUGUAAAAAUCGAAGGUAUUCUAUAUGCAAAUCAACCAACACAUGCUGAACUAUGGGAAGUAAAUAUUUAUUGUCAGGUUGAUAAUUGUUCACGUCCAGAUAUUUUUCAAGAGAUUAAACAAGACCUUAUUGUCAAUCUAGGUAAUAUUACAGAAAUAUUUAAUCAAGCAAAUAUAGGCGAACCUGGUCAACUACAUUGUUACGAAUGCUAUUGUGUGAAUGAUCCGAUUUGUGAUUGCAAUAAAACUGUUCCCCUACGUGAUAAUUUAACUUUCUGUACGAUUAUUCGUCUAUACGAUGGACAAGACUUCUACACUUUUUUAGAACAUAUCGAUCGAAACUCAACUCAUAUUUAUAUACGUGAAUUUCCCUUUCUACUUGUCGAUGAAUCAAUUCUAUAUAAUGAAGCUAAUGGACGAUGGAACACAAAGUCGGAUGCAAUUAUUUAUGGAUGUAAUACAGACUUCUGUAAUGAUCCUCGUCUUGUGCCUAAACUGCCAGUCAGUUUUCAAAUGCGUCUCUCAGAAUCAUGGCUUAACGACAGUGUUUUAGGUACUGGUCAACCAGUACGUGAUUGCCAUGAAUGUCCAGAAGCUCCUCAAUGUGGCACAGGGGAGUUUCUUGAUAGUAGUCGAUGCCCAAUUAAAUCAUGCAAUACGACUUGUCGUGUUUCCGAUACAUAUGAUGAUCCAGAGAAGGAUGAAUUAUGUUAUCAAUCAUUUUGUGUUUCACCUGAUUCAGAGUUUUUCGAAAUGGGCCCACAUCGAGUUGAAAUCGAAGGAAUUUUAUACGGCAACCGUCCCAAUGCUCAAGUCGAACUAUGGGAAGUUGAUAUUUUUUGCCGUGCCGAUGAUUGCUCUCGACCAGAAAUAUUUAAAGAAUUACAAGCAGGACUUGUACUAAACACCGGUGAUCUUUCAGCAUUCUUCAAUAUAACAACUUUACCAACAAUAACAACUACACUUGCACCACCUACUCAAACUGCAACUGUUCCACCUACUCAACCGAGAAUUACAUGUUAUGAUUGUGCGUGUUAUGAUAAUCCUGAUUGUUCAUGCAACACAGUGAAACCAGCAGAUGCAAUGACAAGCUAUUGUACAAUUAUACGUGUCAAUUAUGAAAAUGGUCAUUUUACAACUGAUUUAGAACAUAUUGAUAGAAAUUCAACUCGAGUUUAUAUUCGUAAAUUUCCUUAUGUUCUUGCAGAAGAAUCAAUACUUUACAAUGAAACUACCAAAAGUUGGAGUACGCGUGCUAAUAUUUUAGUCUAUGGUUGCAAUUGGAAUUUAUGCAAUCAUCCCAGCCUUGUUAAAUUACUUCCUGAUAGUUUCAAAAUGACUCUAAACGAUGAAUGGUUGAAUACAAAUAUUUUAUACAAUGGAUCGAGCAGUCGCGAUUGCCAUCAAUGUCCAGAAGCUCCUCAAUGUGGUACAACGGAAUUUCUCGAUUCUAGUCGAUGUCCAGUUAAACCAUGCAAUACAACUUGUAUUGUUUCCGAUACAUUUGAUGAUCCCGAACAAGAUAAACUAUGUUAUCAAUCUUAUUGUGCUUCAGCUGAUUCAGAUCCAGAAGAAAAUCAACAUCGUGUUGAACUUGAAGGGAUUAUCUACGGUGACCAACCUACAGUUGUAGAACUCUGGGAAAUUGAUUUAUAUUGUCGAGCAGAUGAUUGCUCACGACCUGAAAUAUUCAAUGAAAUUCGACAAAAUUUAACAAUAGACGCAACUAAUAUUACUCUUCUUUUCGAUAACUCAUCUCGACCUAUCAUCGAACCUGAACUUAUUUGUUAUGAUUGUUUUUGUUAUGAUGAUCCCGUUUGUGAAUGUGAAACAUUCACUGUAUAUAGUGCUAAAUCAACUUAUUGCACAAUUAUACGUGACAGUUUCGGUGAAGACUAUGCUGUCGUUUUAGAGCAUAUAAAUCGAAACUCAACUCGUGUCUAUAUAUCUGAAUUUCCAUACUUACUUGUCGAAGAAUCGAUUAUUUACAACGAAACAACUAAAAUAUGGAGUACAAUAAAUAAUGUUGCCGUUUUUGGAUGUAAUUGGGAUUAUUGUAAUAAUCCUAGUCUUAUUUCUCAUCUGCCAGACAGUUUUCAAAUGCGUCUACCAGAUGCAUGGUUAAAUACCAAUGUUUUAGGUGCUGGUCAACCAGUACGCGAUUGUCAUGAAUGUCCAGAAGCUCCUCAAUGUGGCACAAGUGAAUUUAUUGAUGCUGGUCGAUGUCCGGUUAAAGCAUGCAAUACGACUUGUGUUGUUUCCGAUACAUAUGAUGAUCCAGAGAAGGAUGAAUUAUGUUAUCAAUCAUUUUGUGCUCCACCUGAUUCAGAAUUCUUCGAAAUAGAUCCUCAUCGAGUUGAAAUGGAAGGUGUUAUAUAUGGCAGUCGUCCUAGAAAUGUUGAAUUAUGGGAAGUUGAUAUCUUUUGCCGUGGUGAUGAUUGUUCUCGACCUGAACUAUUUAAAGAGAUUAGAGAACAAUUCUGUGUAAAACUAGGUGAUUAUACUGCCUUUUUUGGUAAUGCAUCAACAGGUGAAUCUAGCAAUGGUACAAAUAUAUGCUCAACAAUUACAACCUCUACAGUUACUACUACACCAUCCAGAACUGUAACAUCGACCACUACUACAUCCAGACCUGCAACAUCGAUCACUACUACAUCCAGAAUUACAACACCGACAGCUCCAGUAUCAACGACAUCUACGAACAGUUCGAUUAUCACAACUAAAGCUACAACUGUAUCUGAGCAAAUAACGACUACGUCAAGCGCGUCAACCUCUGCACAACAUACUGUUGUGACCCUAUUUUUCAUGUUCAUUUCACUUAUCAGUUUUUAUUGA